AUGUUCCAAGCACUCUCAGUGUCUCUAGCUUGCCGAGCUGCUAGCCGUUCCGCGAGCUCUGCCGUCGCUUCUCGGAGCUUUGCAACUGUUUCCAGUGUCUCUCCUGGCCGGAGUCAUCGAAUUGUUGUAAUUGGAGGCGGUACGGCUGGCCUGGAUAUUAGCCAUAAGCUCCUUCGAUCUGGCAAAUUCUCCCAGGAUGACAUUGCUGUUGUUGAUCCCGCAACGUGGCACCAUUACCAGCCUGGGUGGACCCUCGUGGGCGGUGGUCUCAAGACCAAGGAAGAGCUGCGAAGGCCUCUAAACAGUCUUGUUGACCCCAAGUUCAAGUUCUAUAAUGACAGUGUUGCCGGGUUUUCUCCUGAGGACAACUCAAUUACACUGGGCAACGGCGACAAGGUUGGGUAUGAGCAGCUGGUUGUUGUACCCGGCAUCGCCAUCAACUAUGGUAGCGUCAAGGGCCUCUCCGAGGCUCUAGCAGACUCCAAAAGUUCCGUCUCAACUAUCUACAACUACGACACCUGCGACAAGGCAUACGACACUAUUCAGAGACUUCAGAAGGGCACUGCCAUUUUCACUCAGCCUGCAGGCCCCAUCAAGUGCGCAGGCGCUCCUCAAAAGAUCUUGUGGCUCGCUCUUGAUUACUGGAAACGCGCGGGACUGUAUGACCCCGGCGAUCCCUCCGGCUCUGCCAUCCAAAUCGGCUUUGCCACCGGAAUGCCUGUGAUGUUCGGCGUUGCCAAGUAUAACGCCGCCCUGGAGCAGCUUCGUAAGGACAGAGGAGUUGAGGGAUUAUUCCAGCACGAUCUCAUUGCCAUCGACGGCAACAAGGCCACUUUUGCCCUGCCGGAUGGAAAGGAGGCCGUCACAAAGCAGUUUGACCUUUUGCACGUUGUGCCCAAAAUGGGCCCUCAUGCCUUUGUCAAGAGCAGUGCUCUGGCGAACGAGGCUGGCUAUGUUGAUGUUGACGACGGCACAACUCGGCACAAGAAAUACCCAAAUGUCUGGUCCGCCGGUGAUGCAUCCAGUCUUCCGACAUCCAAGACUGCGGCCGCCAUUACUUCGCAAACACCCGUUCUGGUUCAUAAUCUGUUGCAAAUUAUGGAGGGCAAAGCCGCUGAAGCAACCUAUGAUGGAUAUGCUUCGUGUCCUCUAUUGACGGAGUACGGCAAGGUCCUCCUUGCUGAGUUCAAGUAUGGGGGAGUACCAAAAGAGACUUUUGGUGACUGGUUUGGUAUUGACCAGGCAGUUCCUCGGAGAUCCUUUUACUACUUGAAGAAGCACUUUUUCCCAUGGGUUUACUAUAACCACAUGGUGAAGGGAACCUGGGGAGGACCGAAAGGCUGGUCCAACUAG